AUGGACCACAAUCGUCGUCCCCGCCGCUCAUACGGCAGGCCCGUCGCGACCGCACACGACGAGAGACCACCAGCUGACCUGUUCGACCACGUCCUGCGAGUCUACCAAGCCUCCGUGUACUGCCAGCCUUUACCACUGUUCAAUCCAGCGACGUUACUCAAUACACUCCCCCAGUUCCCCUCGUACCUGAGAUCUGCGGUGAUUGCACUUACCCUACGGCUGUCCAAGCACCCUGCGUAUCGCGUUCUGCCAGAAGAGGCUUCGAGUCUGUACACAUCUACAUCCGGCAAUGUGGCCUUGCAAAAGGCCAUGCAGGGCGAUGCGUGUCUUCAAGUCCGACAGACGCUGUGCUUGUUAGCCCUGGGCGAGAUUAUGGACGGGUCGCAUGUCCAAGCAUUUACCACAAUCGGAGCCGCCGUCAGACUGGAAGCCAUGAAGCUGAGGACAUCUACAGCACAGGACGACGACGAGCUUAGAUGCCACUGGAGCAUCCGCACUCUUGACAACGCGUUCACUUCCACGCCAAGCCACCCAACAAUUCCGUUGCCCUACCCGUCAAGCCCUGAGCGGCCACUCCCCCCGGACAUCAUGGCAGCCACAGAGAAAGACAUCUCCAACCGACAUGAAAUCAGAAAGGGUGAAUCUGAGGUCAUCGCCCACUACCUGCAAGCCUUUCAGUUGUGGAGCAAAGUCGCCUGGUACUUUGAGGACAUGCGCCUUGGGAACCGCGAAUCACCCUGGCUGGCCUCGUCGCGGUACCAUCAGCUCACGGCGGAUCUCUACCAACAGCAGGCCGAUCUCUCGUACCUGCAUCUAUAUCGAAACGUCGGCUUUUCUCGCCAGAUUCCCGACGACCUGCGCACACGCCAGGACUAUUGGAUCCCAUGGAUUUCGAUGCAGAUCGGCGCCCACGCAACACCGGCUGUCCUCAACAACCCCUUCAUCCAGCUGUUUGUCCUGCGAAGCGACAAGGGACUGUGUCAACCACGUUCGUUCCUCCAACAAACGGUUGAUCAAGCCCUCUUUCACUCUGCAUGGGUAGGACGACUACUUCGCGAAUGUGACAGACUGGAGUUGCCAAUCAAGGAUCCCAUCCUGGGCCAGAUGAUCGCAGCGACUGCCACCAUACCAUUCUUGUUUCGCUUCUCGAGAGAUGCAAAGGUCUCGCGCAGAGCGGCCGUGGAUCUUGAAACAUGUCUCGACUGUCUGGCGCAGCUGGCAAGGACCUGGCCCUGCGUCGCGAAGAAGCACGAGUGUCUGCUGAACCUGCAGAGCACCGUGGAGCAAGAUGGACAGCUACGCCUUCAACCAGAAGCACUCUGGUAUCUCGUCUGCGGAGACUUCCUGGACGAACCCAGUCGAUCACUCUCCGAAGCGCAGAUUCACAUCACGACAAGCUUCAUUGAACCUGUGGGGGAUACGAUCCCAGAAGAGGAGAAUGAGCUUCAACCGGACCAGUACGACUGGGCUGACUAUUUUGUGGACAGCUUCAUGGUUGACAAUUAUCUUGUUGGUGUGGAGCCGUAA